AUGGAGGGAGACACCCCGGAGUCCCAGUACACAUGCAGCCAGGAGCUCUUCUCAAGCCAGGAGGAGGCUAGCCAGUCGCAGCAGCUGGAAGUUGCUGGUGAGGAAGAAACUGAGGAGCAUGCUCGGGUGACCUUGACUAAUGCAGCCGGAUCACCGGCCUCACGUCGGUUGCAGAACUUGAGAAAAAAUCCCCGAAAAUCAAAAGAAGAAUUGAUCAAAGCAGUUAUGAUUCACUACAACAGAGAAAGUAGGAAGACGCAGGAAUGGAGAGAGAAAAUGUAUGAGUGGAGGCAAACAGAAAGCAGGAGAAAGGAAUUGGCUAUCAAAAAAACCUCAAAGCAGAUGAUAAGCCUCCUGGCUCGCCAAACUGAGUCUUUCGAGUCUCUCGUAGCCAUGCAGGCAGAUCUGUACCGUGGUAACCCACACCCCUCCCAAAGCUCUCUUUCUUGUUCCCCAGUAUUUGCACAAAACACCUUUCUCCAGCAGCCAGUUUCUUAUUACCCCCAGCUGCCCCCAACACCUGUACGAUCACCUACCAGCCCGGAUAACUAUAAUUCUUACCCUGUGCACUCCACCCCCAUUACCCUGCAGCAUAGUAAUCCUGAAGUGCAGCAGACAUUGAACAGUAAUCAAAACAGGACAUAUUCAAACCUCUGAAUGUACAGUCCACCACCCUAACCCCCCUGGCCUUUUAUGUACUGUACUUUGAAUAAAG